AUGGCUAUAAACCCUAAAACAGGUUUAGGGAUAGCUGCAAAUGGUUUAUCUCCUUUGCAGCUGACGACCCAGUUCCAGCAGCAGCAGCAGCAGCAGCAGCAGCAGCAGCAGCAACAGCAGCUGCAGCUGCAGCACGCGAGGGAAGAGGAGACACAAACAGAACAGCCAGCUGCUGUAAGCAGCAGCAGCAGCGGUAGCAGCGCUGGCAGCACUAGCACCAACAGCCCCAGCCCCAACAGCAACAGCAACAGCAACAGCAGCAGCAGCAGCUGCUGCUGCAGCAGCAGCUGCGGCUGCGCAGUUCCUGAGCAGCAGAGUGCCAGCAUCUGCAGAGCAGCAGCUGCAGCAGCAGCAGCAACAAAACCACAGCAGCACACUGCAGAAGGUGUAGAGUAUGAAGGAGGAGACAGCAGCAGCAGAGAAACAAUCACACCCAACAACACCAGUAACAGCAGCAGCAGCAGCAGCGACAGCAGCAGCAGCAGCAGCAACAGCAGCAGCAGCGACAACAACAGCAACAGCAGCAACAGCAGUAACAACAGCAGCAGCAACAGCAGCAGCAGCAGCAGCAACAGCAGCAGCAGCAGCAGCAGCAGCAGCAGCAGCAGUUGCUGCGGUCUGUCUUUAGAGCAGCACGUGGUUGAUAGCUUUUGGCGUUGUUUUACAGCGAAGCAGAACGACUUAGCGCUUGCUGCUGUGCAUGCAUUAGCUACUGUCGUGCAUGCGUCUGGGGCUGAGACAGUAAUGGAGUUAUUUGUGCAUCUGCGCGCUGCAACGGAAGCCCUCGAAGAUUACAUUGAAAGAGGAGAUGUCUUAGACUAUAUUGCUAGAAGAACUUGUGUUAGGUCGGUGGCGGAGUUGAAGUCUCUGCUGAUCGCUCAAUCAGCCAAAUUCGCCUCCCGCAUCUCUGAAAGCAAACAAACCAUCGCAGACCUUGGUCGGAUAAUGUUUACGAAGGAUCAAAUGGUUGUAUUAACGCACGGACGCAGCUCUUGCGUGGAGAAGCUGCUGUGCAAUGCCUGGACGAAACAUAAAAAAAGGUUUAUUGUUAUUAUUACUCAGCACGAAACCAUCAAGAAAGGGACUGCUAUUGCUAACGACGAGUAA